AUGAAGGCUGUCGCUACGCAUCCUUCCAGUGGGAAUACUUUCGCAGCAUACGUGUCCAAUCUGUUUGGCGGCGGUCGCCGACCCGAAAAGCAGGAAGGUGUCAUGGAAGGCGCAAUGUCAAGCAACCAGACACGUUCUCUUCGACGGGAGCAGGAACCCGAAGAGGUGCCAGAAUUGGUGGCAGCUAGCUCAGUAUCCGAAGAUCACCACACCCCGGAAUCUCCUGCGAUGCAGACCGAAUUUCGCACCGACCUCUCCUAUCAGCUUUCGCACGCACGUUCCGAUCUCAGCAAAGGUGGUGACAUGCCGCCGGCCCCACGUCAAGGAGCAGUCGACGACAUCGCGUACGAGACAGCUCGUGCCUCGUUCGUUGACCAAAAUGAACCUCCGGCAGACGCCGCCUCACCAGCGUCUUCCUCGGCCGACGCGCCAGGCUCCGACUAUGAGUCUGAUGGCCAAAACGAUGCCUCGAUGGGGAUUGCCAUGCAGCCAGACACGCAGGAAAGACUAGCGGUGUUGGCGACUCCCCCAUUGCAACCCGUCGACGGACAUAUGAACGGCAGCGACGGAGCACACAUCGAUGAGCAACAAGCGGAAAAUCUCGUUCCUCGGGCUGACGAGGCGAAGAACGAGCCCAUUCGAGGGCGAACUCCGACAGCUGCUGCACACGACGGCGACGACCGAGAGUCUCUGAAUCGUGAUGCGAGUCACGGGAGGGGAGACACAGGCAUGAGCCUGAUGAUGGACUCGCUUCUCAAUACAGUCGAACACGAGGCUGCUGUUACAGUACAGCCGGCCCCCGACCACGAGACGGCGCAAGACGAUGGCGACCUGUCGACCCCUCCACCGCCCGAGCUUGCGACUGUGGACGACACCAUUGCCCAGGCUUCCGAGUCAGCCAAUCCUCUGAUUCGCACAGCAGAAGUCGACGAUGCUGCUUCAGAUACCGCCAAACGCCAGAAACUGGACGACUCCGAGAGCCUCACCCCUGACUCUGCUGCGGACGCUGAUGUCGACGCAGGCACAGUCGGAUCCGAUCCCAAGCAGCCAGUCAAGAAGCAAGCCAGAGCUCCUGCAAAGCCGAAGGCUCCUACGAAGGCGAAAGCACCCUCAAAGCAGAAGGCACCCCCCAAGCCCAAAGCGCCUCCGAAGCCGAAAAAAGAGCCGAAGGCAAAAGGGAAGAAGGCAGCAGCGCAGCAGAAUGAGCCACAGGAAGCCGUCGGGACGGGAAGCGGCCAAGAUCAGAACGACAGCCCUGUCGCGGAUGCGCAAGAAGGUAGCAGCACCGACUCUGAUGCGGCCCCAACUUCCGCCGUAGCUCCUCUCGAACAAAACGAAGCCGUCAAACCGAAGAAGGCCCGCAAGGCUCCUGCUCGAAGUCGAAAGCAGCCGGCCGCCACUGACGUCCAAGCCAACAGCCAUCUUGAAGACAGUGCGGGUGCUGAUACGAUCGAAGCUCCUGCCGAGGAUGAACCUGUGUCGCAGCCGAAGAAGACUCGGAAGACCCCAGUCCGAACGCGCAAGCAGCCAGCAAGUGCUGCCGUGGCUGAGCCAGAAGGCUUGCAGGAGCUGCAGCAGCCGGCGAUCGAGCCUGCCACCAUCAUUGCCGCCCCGAUUGAGGCGCUCCUGUCGCACCAAGUGAGCGUGCCCGAGACAUCCCCACCACAUGACGAUACAAAGCCUGUCGAACCAACGGGAAAGGCCAAAGGGAAGGUCACGCGGAAACCUCCGAGCAAAGCGAAUGAUCAAGUCCAAGCUCAAGCCGAUAAAGCAGCCGAUCCGGCCGCGGUCGAGCCAACAGUCGACCUCGGUACACCUCCAGCACCAAUUGCUGCGUCGCGAAAGAAGGCGGCGCCGAAGCGAGCUCCAGCAAAGAACGCCAAAGGCCGACUUGCGCAACUUCGACUUGCUCAGACGGAUGGCGCAGUCUCAGAGCUGGACCUCGACGCCUUCCAGAAAUCGCCAAGCAUCCUCAAUUUGCCCGCUCCCGUCGCACCCGUGCGAAACCAGGAGGCAUGGUCGCACGCUGGACCUUAUCAAGCGACUGCGCAGGCAGUGCAAGGUGGGAUUGCGCUACAGCAAGCACCACAACAGGGAGAGAUGUGUUCCGCUGCGGAGCUACAGCCAAGCCAAGCUCCUCCCGCGCCUGUUCCAGCUCCCUAUGACAGCAACCACGCGGCUUCGAACAUCUUCACCUCCAUGGCUCCGCCCUACUAUCCAGCACAAGCAUGCUGGCCGGCGCGAGGCGAGAUUGUGCAACAGCAGAAUCGCGGACUGAGCUCGCUGACGAGCGCCGCAUCGAUCGUUGAGGCCGACACGCAUUGGGCUUCGGAAACCUCAGCUGACGUGACCGGCGUCAGUUCUUCGACAGCAUACGAAGCACACUAUGACGUGACGAGCCCUGCCACUGUGGCACACACUGCCGGCAGCGUGGCAGGCGAUGAUAUGCCUGAAACAGCAGGCGCUUCGCACCAAGGCCCGUACCACAACGACCCCAGCGUCUUUCCACCCGGAUGGCAGGCUCCCAUCUUCCAGGUGAUCGAUCCCGACUAUCUGCUGACAAAACUGCGAGAUCAGACGGUCUGGACGUUCUGGGACUGUUACCUACCUCUAGGCUGUCGAGAUCAGGACAUGGUGAUGAUGUCCAAAGACCGAGUCGCCUUUCCCUGUGCUGCCUGGAACCCGUGUCUGUUCUCCGACAGGCUCAAGGUGGUGAUCGAGCGUCCUGACCCAGCAAUCACUCAGGUCCUCAAGAGGGGCGUCGAGGAGAAUCGCCAGAAGCUUGGAUACAAGCCGUUGCCUUGCGUCUGGAUUGACGAGGAUUGGCGAGCUACGAAUCUGCUGCUCUCCUUCCUGCAUCCGAUUCCGACGAUGCACCUGCCGGAUGUACCCACGUGCCGGCUGGUGCUGGAGCUAGGUCUGCGAUAUGGAGUAGCGAGAGCGGUUACGGCGGCGACGCAGAGGAUGGCCCGGCUGGAGGAGGAGGCCAGAGCGCUAGCGAUGAGGGACAAGGGAAAGGGUCGAGCGAGGGAGGAAGACAUUGCUGCCGAGCUGGCGGAGCGCGGCUGGCAGGGCUCGCAUCAUUCACGAGGCGAUGCGACGAGAGAAGGCCCGAGUCUGAAUGAGCUCAGAGUCGAUGGACGGGCGAGCAGCAGAUACGCCGAGCGAACGAUGACGCGGCGUCCAAAACGUAUUCUCACAUCAACACUCCCGAAAACGCACACAAGGUGCGCACAAACCGCUUCAGCAUCAGUGGCGAAGCAAUCGUUCCUACCCUUUUCAAAAGUCUAUUGA